AUGCAGCGUCUGACUUACGCUGCCAUGAAGGCGCUGGUGGCGAAGAAGCAGUCGGGUGAUCUGCACAUGUGCAUUUUGGACGUGCGUAACGCCGAUGAAGUGGCAGAGGGCGCCAUCCCGGCCUCUGUCAACGUCCCUCUCGACCAGCUAGAGACCGCGCUUCAGCUGACGGCCGACGAGUUCAAGAAGAAGUACAGCGCACCCAAGCCGGAGGUGUCAGAUCAUGUUGUGACUUACUGCCUUCGCGGCAUGCGCGCGGAGAAGGCGGCUGCCGCACUUCAUUCCAGCGGCUACACAAACGUCGAUGUGUACCCCGGCAGUUGGGCAGAGUGGUCGGAGCAAGAGAAGUGCGCAGCAUAG